AUGGACGAUUUUCCCUCGUCUUCUGUCCAACCCUCAAUCAAUCAGCCACCAUCAGCAUCUGCGACAUCGAAUGACAAAGGAAAGGCACCCGACUUAAAUCGUCGACACAAUGAGAGUGCGCCUCAGAAAUCAUCUCUCAAAUCAAGGCCAUCGAGAACCUCAACUCCGGCUCAAGAGCAUGAGGAAAGUAAAUGGGGAUCCAAUUUCUGGGUGACUUUAGUCGACCCACAGACACGAAAUACAUUCUAUGCUUGUCCAGCGACUGGCCAAGUGAGUUGGGAUCCGCCGGUUGGAAACUUUGUACUACCUCCCAGUUCAGAGGGUGAAUGGUGGGAGUUGAGCGAUGAUUCUCGUGGCGGUAUGCCCUAUUACUACCACACUAAAACAGGGGAAACGGUUUGGGAGCGCCCUGACGGGUUUGUUAUUCCCCUUGGAAUAAUACAGAACACAGCACUUGGUCGCCGUUUAUCUACCCGCGCUUCACAAGCAUUCGAGGACCUAACUCUCAGUAAUUACACCUCAGAAAAGCGACGUCAAUCCAUUGAGAUGCGAAAGUCACAAUCGCUCUCACCUGCAUCGAAGUAUGCCAAUGGAAACGCGACGAAGAAGAAUCCAGUCAUUCGCCGAUCCUUCUCAAGUGACCAACAUCAGACUAAUUCCUUGAGAGUGCAGACGACAGCACAACUACCUCCAAUCCCAGGUUCGCCUUAUGGUACCGAUGCUUCGUCAAAAUCGUCCUCCGAAAAGUUGGUUCCGUCCACACCCCGAUCUGGAAAUCGCCCGAAAGUCAACAAGGGAAGCCCCAAUGGUUCUGAGGGCAGUACAAAUUCUGUCACACGCUCGCGAUCGAAGUCGUCGUCUUAUGUUGAACAUCGACCACAAUUACCCCAAAGUCUCACUGCUGCUGUAGAGCUACUGUCUUCUAAGUCUGAUAGCGGAUACGGUUCACCCACCGGCAAGACCUCUGAGAAGUCAACUAGUAUGACAGGGAUGAUAAAUAUCCAUCCCACCUCUGUGGAAGGCAAGCGCACCGUGUCUAAACCCGCCCGUAUACCUGCCCCUGCUAUCCCCAAAGGUCGAACAGUUUCCAGUUCGUCCAUAGCAGGCAAAUCGAUCAGCGCCCCAAUACUAAAUCACGCCGCGACGCUGGAUAUGAGCCCGGUCAAGAAUCGUGCAAAUGGCCAACCUAUUCCUGUUGAGCAUCACAUGCCUGUGCAUCCGACUCCCAGUUCCUCGCUUAGCACGGGCACGUAUCCAGCUUUACCACACGACUUGGCAUCCGAUAUCAUGCAGUUCUCGGAGUCAGAGUUUGCAAGGCAGUACUUCUCUACCCAUCGCAUAGGAUUUAUCUUUCGGCGAAGAGUUCCGGUUGCACAGAUGAUGACAUGGCAAAAGGCGCCAUUGAGCUCACCGUUGUUGACACUGAACAAUCGUGCUCUAAAUAGAGAUGCUGUUAAGGUGUUCAAGGUUAUCCAGCAUAUAAUGGGAGACAGAGAACGUGAUCGACCAGUAGGCGUUCGGUUACCGGCCGAACCAAGUUCAACCGUUCAUUCAAUAAACGGGUCAUCGACGUCGUUGAGCAGCCAAUUCAACUUAGUUGAUGAAGAACGAUGGUUAUUGGGCGAAGGAUUGACCCAUGGCGAGCUCAGGGAUGAGACUUAUUGCCAGGUCAUGAAACAGCUGACGAAGAACCCCAACCCCGAGAGUAUAUUCAAAGGUUGGCAGCUCCUAUGUGUUCUACUCAUUACCUUCCCGCCUUCAAAGAACUUUGAGACGUAUCUAAACUCUUACAUACAACAACACACCACCCAACACGAAGGACGCGUCGACAUCAUGGCCAAAUUUUGUCUUAGACGUUUAGCGACCAUCUCAAAGAAAGGACCCCGAGGCAAACCACCAACAAUAGCAGAGAUCGAGACUGCAUCGGACGCCGCUUUCAAUCCAUCCAUUUUUGGAGAAUCCUUAGACGCUAUUAUUCGUCUUCAGGAACGAACCUACCCACAGCAGAAAGUCCCUAUCAUCCUACCAUUCCUCGCUGACGGCAUCCUCGCGUUGGGCGGAACAAGGUCGGAAGGUAUUUUCCGGGUCCCAGGAGAUGGGGACUCUAUUUCCGAGUUGAAGUUGCGCAUCGACAAGGGAUACUAUAAUCUCGAAGGGGUUGAUGACCCAAAUACACUAGCUUCUCUGAUGAAGCUAUGGUUGCGGGAAUUGCUAGACCCGCUAGUUCCGGAGGAAAUGUAUAACGAAUGUGUGACCAAUUCGCAAGAUCCCGAUGCCUGUGUUCAUAUCAUUCAGCGUCUCCCUACGAUCAACCGUCGAGUCGUCCUUUUCGUUGUCAGUUUUCUGCAAUUAUUUUUGGAGGAGAACGUGCAGAGUAGCACCAAGAUGACGCCUGCAAACCUCGCACUUGUGAUGGCCCCCAAUCUUCUUCGUUGCAAAUCCGACUCUAUGGCUAUCGUGUUUACCAAUGCCCAAUAUGAACAAAUCUUUGUAUACAACCUGCUACUCCACCUGAAAUGCGGUGAAAUUGACUCCGAUUAUAAACCUGUACAUGGUCUGGGCGCCGUCCAGCUCACUCCCGCUCCUCGAGCCUCUAAAUCCAGAACUCGUCGGUACAGCCCGUAA